AUGGCAAACAACGCUGUCCUCCAAAACGGAAACGGUGUCUACCCAACCAUCAGCUCAGCUUCGCGACUCAUCCGACUCCAGGUCUGCGAGCAACAAAAUCAACUUCAGACUACAGUUGUGUUUCGCCAUCUGCCGCAGCCUGCCCCCACGGUGGCCCAAAACACUCACCCAGCUUCACCAGACAGUCUGCAAUGCACUGAUUCCCUCGGAUCUCGCUGUAACCUUGUAUUCGACGGCAAUUACCACUUGUUUCAGCUGACUUUCAACAACAACAGAAUUCAACCUGUUUCUCCUGCUGAAGCACGAAGUCUCGGUGCGAGUGCUCGAGGUGUCCGGACUCUUGCGGUCUUAUAUGGAGACUAUAUGAUGGAUCGGGUCUUCAUCACGAAUUUUUGCAUUGGCGCUUCCGAUCUAGCUAGAGUUUACAUUGUUUACGGAGACGACAACACUAUCUUGAACCUACGCAAAAGCCUUGGCCAGCAUGCGAACAGACAUGUCCAAAUUGCACUUCGUCGACCACCAAAUACGACUGGUUAUACUCUUGCAAGAGCAGCCGAAUUGCUUGAGUUCGACCAGAACGUGAGUGAAGGCUGGAUUAGUGCUGGUCGUGGUGAACCUUUGCCAUCAGUAUAUGGUGUUGCACCGCUGUAA